GCUGAAGAGGAAAUAAAGGCAGAGCAGGAGGUGGUGGAGGGGAUGGAUAUCUCCACUCGAUCCAAAGAUCCUGGCUCUGCCGAACGCACAGCACAAAAGAGGAAGUUUCCCAGCCCUCCACACUCUUCCAAUGGCCACUCCCCCCAAGAUGCAUCUACAAGCCCUAUUAAAAAGAAAAAGAAACCUGGCCUAUUGAACAGUAACAAUAAAGAGCAGUCAGAACUAAGACAUGGUCCGUUUUACUAUAUGAAGCAGCCACUCACCACAGACCCUGUUGAUGUUGUACCACAGGAUGGACGGAAUGAUUUCUAUUGCUGGGUUUGUCAUCGGGAAGGCCAAGUCCUCUGCUGUGAACUCUGUCCUCGGGUUUAUCAUGCUAAGUGUCUGAAACUGACAGCGGAACCAGAGGGUGAUUGGUUUUGCCCAGAAUGUGAGAAAAUUACUGUAGCAGAAUGCAUAGAAACGCAGAGUAAAGCUAUGACAAUGCUCACCAUUGAACAGCUAUCAUACUUGCUCAAGUUUGCACUACAGAAAAUGAAACAGCCAGGGACAGAGCCAUUUCAAAAGCCAGUUUCACUGGAUCAACACCCAGAUUAUGCAGAAUAUAUCUUUCAUCCAAUGGACCUUUGUACAUUAGAAAAGAAUGUUAAAAAGAAAAUGUAUGGUUGCACUGAAGCAUUUUUGGCUGAUGCCAAAUGGAUUUUGCACAAUUGCAUUAUUUACAAUGGGGGAAAUCACAAAUUGACACAAACAGCAAAAGUCAUAAUCAAAAUCUGUGAACAUGAGAUGAAUGAAAUCGAAGUGUGUCCAGAAUGUUAUUUAGCUGCUUGCCAAAAACGAGAGAACUGGUUUUGUGAGCCUUGUAGCAAUCCCCACCCUUUGGUCUGGGCUAAACUCAAAGGCUUUCCAUUCUGGCCUGCUAAAGCACUGAGGGAUAAAGAUGGGCAAGUCGAUGCCCGUUUCUUUGGCCAACACGACAGGGCCUGGGUUCCAAUAAAUAAUUGCUACCUCAUGUCUAAAGAAAUUCCUUUUUCUGUGAAAAAGACUAAAAGCAUCUUCAACAGUGCAAUGCAAGAGAUGGAGGUUUAUGUGGAGAAUAUUCGUAGAAAGUUUGGAGUAUUUAAUUACGCACCUUUCCGGACACCAUAUACUCCCAACAACCAAUACCAAAUGUUGUUAGAUCCUGCAAACCCAGCAGCUGGAACUGCAAAGACAGACAAACAAGAGAAAAUCAAACUGAACUUCGACAUGACAGCAUCACCCAAGAUUCUAAUGAGCAAAUCUAUGCUGAGCAACACUGGUCGAAGGAUUUCCUUGACAGAUAUGCCACGGUCACCAAUGAGUACAAACUCAUCAGUUCACACUGGAUCUGAUGUUGAACAGGAUGCAGAGAAAAAAGCAACCUCCAGUCAUUGUAGUGCAAGUGAAGAGUCCAUGGACUUCAUUGACAAGAGUUCAGCUUCUCCAGCACCAGCAAGGACGGGCCAAACAGGGAGCUUAUCAGGCAGCCCAAAACCUUUCUCUCCUCAAGCCUCAACACCUAUUGCUGCUAAACAAGAAAGAACUUCCACUCCAGGAAGCAUUCUGAACCUUAACCUUGAUCGCAGCAAAGCUGAGAUGGAUCUGAAAGAACUGAGUGAAUCAGUCCAGCAGCAGUCCACACCUGUGCCGCUAAUUUCACCAAAACGUCAGAUUCGCAGCAGGUUCCAGCUUAAUCUUGACAAGACAAUAGAGAGUUGUAAAGCACAGUUAGGAAUCAAUGAAAUCUCUGAAGAUGUUUAUAACGCAGUAGAACAUAGUGACUCUGAGGAUUCUGAAAAAUCAGACACCAGUGACAGUGAAUAUAUCAGUGAUGAUGAACAGAAAUCAAAAAAUGAUCAGGAAGAUGGAGAGGACAAAGAAAGUGGAAAAAGUGACAAAGAGUCAUUGACCAUGAAAAAAAAACCUAAACCCCCAGCUCCAGCUGAAGUCAAAGAGGAACUUAAAAGCACAAGUCCAGGAGUGGAGAAAACAGAUGUCCCUGUCAAAGAAAAGGCUAAUACAGACUCUGAGAAAGACUUUUCUGAAAAGGGAAAAAAUUUGCAGCAUCCUGCAAAAGAAAAACUGAAAGGUAAAGAUGAGACAGACUCUCCAACUGUGCAUCUGGGUCUGGACUCUGAUUCAGAGAGUGAACUUGUCAUCGAUCUAGGGGAAGAUCAUUGUGGGCGUGAGGGACGGAAAAACAAGAAAGAAUCUAAAGAACCACCUCCUAAGCAGGAUGUUGUAGGUAAAGUUCCACCUUCUUCCAGUGCAAGCAGCCAGCCUCCACCUGAAACUCCUGUGCUUACCCGGUCUGCAGCCCAAACUCCACCAGCUGGAGUCACAGCUACUACUAGUGCUACUUCUACUGUCACUGCUCCAGCAGCAGCCACAGGGAGCCCUGUGAAAAAGCAGAGGCCGCUUCUACCUAAGGAAACAGCCCCUGCUGUGCAGCGAGUAGUGUGGAAUUCUUCAAAUAAAUUUCAAACGUCGUCUCAGAAAUGGCACAUGCAAAAGGUACAGAGGCAACAGCAGCAGAGCCAGCAGUCUCAACAGUCGCAACAACCUCAGUCUUCUCAAGGGACAAGAUAUCAGACAAGACAGGCAGUAAAAGCUGUACAGCAAAAAGAGAUCACCCAGAGCACUUCCACAUCAACUAUCACCUUGGUUACAAGUACUCAACCUGUUUCUAUGGUUACCAGUUCUGGAUCUUCAAGUACACUUUCUUCUUCAAUUAAUACAGACUUGCCAAUAGCAACAGCUUCAGCUGAUGUGGCAGCAGAUAUUGCAAAGUACACUAGCAAAAUGAUGGAUGCAAUAAAAGGAACAAUGACUGAAAUAUAUAACGAUCUUUCCAAAAAUACCACUGGAAGUACAAUAGCUGAGAUUCGUCGUUUGAGAAUCGAAAUAGAGAAACUUCAAUGGUUACAUCAACAGGAACUCUCAGAAAUGAAACACAAUCUUGAAUUGACAAUGGCGGAGAUGCGGCAAAGUCUUGAGCAGGAGCGUGAUCGUUUGAUUGCUGAAGUAAAGAAGCAGCUGGAGUUGGAGAAGCAGCAAGCUGUGGAUGAAACCAAGAAGAAGCAGUGGUGUGCCAACUGCAAGAAAGAAGCCAUCUUCUACUGCUGCUGGAAUACCAGCUACUGUGACUACCCCUGCCAGCAAGCUCACUGGCCUGAGCAUAUGAAAUCCUGCACACAGUCAGCUACUGCAACACAACAAGAAACAGAUACAGAAAUUAGCCCAGAAACAUUAAAUAAAUCGUCCCAGCCCAGCUCCAGUACACAGACUCCAUCCACAGAAACAGCCAGCACCCCAAAGGAAAAGGACAGUGCAGCCGAUAAAAACAAAGACUGUGUUACAAUAGCAACAGGUGUGACAAGCAACCAGCCUAUAAAACUGGUCCAGGUACCGCAGACCACCACCUAUAUUCCAACUACUCAACCCACAAUUACCAUUCCUGUAGUGGUAAGUCCUUCUGCUGGGACAGUGGCAAUGAGAACUGGAGUUCAGUAUGUUCAGACCACAAUGCCAGUCCAAGUACGAAGAGUCUAA